UUGUUACAGUGACACUUGCAUUUGAAGGUUUCAUGUAGAUUACGUUUAAUUAUUUGGACUAAAUUAUGCUAUAAUUAUUUAUUUUCUGUUUCAGGCUCCAAUGCAGAUAACUCUUGUUACUCGCGUUACUUUCCGAGCGUUGUACAUACAUUCAAAAUGUUUGAUAUGCCGGAAUUACAUUACUGUACUAUUUUUUAUCACAUGUUAACAUGGCAUCGUGUAAUAUAAUAUGUUGUUGAUGUUAUUACAUCAUUGCCUAUAUAUUAAAGCCAUUAAACAUUGUGUUUGUUUUGCUGAAAAAAAACGAGUAUAUCAACGUAACACUUAGCGUUCGCAUAGUUCAAUAAAGUUGUUGAUGAAUCGAUGUACAUGCAUUUCUCUGGGUUUUCACACCUUGAAAAAAAUCUCAACAUUUGAUACUUUCUUGUGUACUCUCCAACGUGUGAUAGUGUUUGUUCUAGUGUCAAAUUGGCACUCUUUGUACUUGUACAAACUGAGAAAAAAUGUGACAAUCAGAGGAACAACAGAAUGGCGCUGCCAAUUAACUGCCAAAUAAGUGCGGGAAUAGAUCAAAGCGCAUUGACAAAAAAUAACAAUAUGCACAUAUUUUUCGGCGUUUACUCAAAUGGUCUCUCACAACAAAAAAACUAUAUAAGUCACGGUAUUCUAAUUACUUCUAUCAUUUAAGUGUUUGCGAGUAUCGUGCCUGACUGGAAUAUCAUACGUUAUAUUUUUGUAAGUGUGUAUUUUGCGUGAUAAAAUUUCACAAAUUAAAGUGUAGUGAACAUUUGUGCAUAUUGGAUUUAGUGUACACUGUGUUACAAUGGUGUUGCGGACACUGACACGUCAGGUGACCCACUUCGUAGUAAGGUUUCAUUGUGAUGAAACCUUAAUGACACGGUCAAGAGGGCAGAUCAGGACUGAAGACACACUUGCAGGUCGUUGUGGGAAAUUCUUAUCCCGUGCAAUGGGGUCGAACAAAAAAUGCCGUCAACGAAGCGGCAAUACUCGCGGAAGGGUACAGUGAAGCCGAAAUGAAAGGCAAGAUGAGUGCGAUGAUGGCAAAAGGAACGCAAGUAAGGCGAAAAGAACCGCCAACCAUCAAAUCAGUCAGACAAAAGACCAAAGCAGGCAAACCGGUGGCACAGAUCAGCCGAAGAGUUGUUCCGGCACCUGACACGUCUUCAGUGCCCCCACCAGGUUCGGUGUCACAGGAUCAGCCGUCGCCGGUGCCUGAGUCGUCGAUGUCAGCCAAUGGCAUGCAUCUGCCUCAGCAGACACCGGUGUAUAUUGUGCAGCCGUUGAUGUCAGCUACUCAGCAAGCGCACGUGCCUGACCAAACACCGGUGUACAACGAGCAGCCGUUGAUGUCAGCUACUCAGCAAGCGAUCGUGCCUGACCAGACACCGGAGUACUACGAGCAGCUGUUGAUGUCAGCUACUCAGCAAGCGAUCGUGCCUGACCAGACACCGGUGUACAACGAGCAGUCGUUGAUGUCAGCUACUCAGCAAGCACACAUGCACGUGCCUGACCAGACACCGGUGUACAACGAGCAGCCGUUGAUGUCAGCUACUCAGCAAGCGCACGUGCCUGACCAGACACCGGUGUACAAGGAGCAGCCGUUGAUGUCAGCUACUCAGCAAGCGCAUGUGCACGUGCCUGACCGGACACCGGUGUACAACGUGCAGCCGUUGAUGUCAGCUACUCAGCAAGCGCACCUGCCUGACCAGACACCGGUGUACAACGUGCAGCCGUUGAUGUCAGCUACUCAGCAAGCGAUUGUGCCUGACCAGACACCGGUGUACAACGAGCAGCCAUUGAUCUCAGCUCUUCAGCAAGCGCACAAGCACGCGCCUGAACAGACACCAGUGUACAACGUGCAGCCAUUAAUGCCAGCUCUUCAGCAAGCGCACGUGCACAACCAGACAUCCGACGUUCAGCCAAUUACACCAGAGGUUCAGCAUUCAGAAGCGUCUGUCCUAGGAGCGUCUAUUUCCCUGUGGUUAAGCUCGCUGCUUGCAGAGCCUCUACCGACACUGACACCCACGUCAAUCGCUUCAACGCCAGCUAGGCCGUCAGCUUUCCGGACAACCCGUCCGGACUUUGGUGGCAGCAAUCUGACGGUGACCUCAUCAUUUUACCAGCUUGUUGAGGGGCGUCGGGUAGUGGAGCGUGAUGUGAACAGGCUGACACGGCAGGUGGAGGCUCUGACCAGGAGCAAUAUUGCCCAGACCCAGGAGAUCGCCUCCCUGAAAGAAAUGGGCGCAUCGCUGGUUAUGGCCUCAUAUCAUCAGGCAGCUCAAGUAGCAUCUGCACCACAGCCGCCACUUGCUACUGAAAGGGAGAAUGCAGAGGCCAUCAUCCCGAGUCACGCCAUGCUGUCAGAUGAUGAAGUGCGCUUGAUACAUCAGGCAUCAAACGGCGCAAUGAACUUCGCUGCACAUUUGACGCAGAGGCUGUUCCCGGAACUUUUUACAGCUUCAAUGAUCCGCCUGCAUUACAACUACCAUGGUGGUAGGAAGGAUAAGAAGCAGCCGCUUAGCCCUCGUCGGAAAAGCGCCAUCCGGACGUACGUGAUACGCCACUUCCCGUCCAUGGCAGACGACAACAACUGGCGAAAUGAGGGAAUACCAAAGAUAAAUGAAAUGCUCCGUCGUCAGACACGCAUGCCAGCUGCCAUGGAGCAGUAAUUGGAGGUUGAGAACAUUCAACAGUGUGUUUUAUAUGCAAAAAUGUAAAUAAUACCAUAUUUGCUGUUCGGUUGUGUAAAUAAAGUUUAUAUAUUGAUACAUUUUAAAAGAUAUAAUA